CACUCGCUGUUGCUGAAAGUUCUCGUUGUCGUUAGGUUUCAAAUACACUCUGCUGCUGCUCAUGGAAUAUAUUUCUGAUUACUAUAUAUACUCUCUCCUUGGAACAUUGUUUGCAUGCAGACUCCAAUAGCUGUAAAGAUGGAAAAUUCACUGGUUGUUGCUGCCACCAAGAAAAAGGUUUGCAAUCAUUUACCUAAUGAUAUCGUGCUCUUUAUCUUGUCAAAACUUCCUUUAAUAUCAUUGAAGCGAUUUCUAUGCGUAAGUAAAUCAUGGUCUCUCUUAUUCAAAAAUACUUAUUUCAUGAACAUGUUGCGCAACAAUAUUUUGCUUAAUGAUGAUUCUUAUUAUGAUGAGACAUUUAUGGUCCGAUAUACACCAAAGUAUAGUGAACGUUGCAACUUUUAUUGGCUAUCUGAUGAGGGGUUUGCGAAUUCGGUCCACUUAGAUUGGCCAUCUCAAUUUCAAGAGGACUAUAUUCAUAUUUUUAUUGUGGGUUCUGUUAGUAUUAAUGGCAUUCUUUGUCUCAAACAUGGAUUUACUCGUACCAGCCAAGUUGUACUGUGGAACCCAACUACUAGUGAGACUAAAGUUAUUCCUCCAAGCCCUAUUGAGAAUAGACGACCUGAUCGGAACCCUUGGCACUUUCUUCAUGGUUUUGGUUAUGAUCAUGUUAGUGAUGACUAUAAGGUGAUUCAGAUGAUAGAGUAUUUUCCUGGUUAUCAAGGAGAUAUGAUAUGGGAAGAUAGAUCUUAUGACCCUUCGUGGGAGAUAUAUUCUCUCAAAACCAACUCUUGGAAGAAACUCGAUAUUGAUAUGCAGAAUUGUUAUUACUAUUCACCAUUGCAAGGUAACGGACUCUACGCGGAUGGAGUGUUUCAUUGGUGGGCUAUAAGUAAAUUAAAAAAUAUCGAAGAAUGUAUGGUGUCAUUUGACUUUAGCGAGGAGGUGAUGUGUACGACACUCAUGCCCUUAAACACGGAUGGUGGUUUUGAUGUUGGAUACGUGGAGAGACAUUUGGUGUCGUUAAAUGAAUCCAUUGCUUUGAUCUCAAAAUAUAAAAAGGAGUCUACUUUCUGCAUAUCCGUUCUGGCUAAACUUGGUGAGAGGGAAUCAUGGAUCAAUCUCUUUACUGUUGGGCCCUUACUUUCUAUGGAAUAUUCCAAUAUAGUUGGGAUGAAAAAUAAUACAUUGUUCUACAGAAGAGAUGGAGAACUAGUUUGCGUUGAUUUGAAGACUCAGAUGAUUAAGGAGCUUGGUGUUAAAGGAGAUAGAUUUCAUUUUCACGUAGGAAAGUACAAGAAAAGCUUUCUUCCGAUUAGAGGAAUAAUUAAUUAAUUGGUUUCUUGUUUUCACCUAAGAAUGUGAUUGGAUAU